UCAGCUGCUACUGUGUACACACAACCAGGGAGCAAAUCAAGCAGCACAUUGAGAGCAGCCUUUCUCACCCCGAGACUUUCCAAGAUCUCUGCACGCAGGAAGUUCCCUUCUCUCUUGUAAGACUUAGCACUGUGCUCUUAUCAUCAGACUGGAGCAAGCUAGCUCCCUGCCGCACAGUGUAGAGGCUUCCUUAAGACGUUUGUCCUUGAAACUGCACCAAACUCUUGGAAGAACCCAGAACGUAGCUGACAAUUUACUGGUUCAUCAAUGAAACAAUAUUAAAUCAUGAAGAUGUAAGGAAAAAAUCCUACACUCACAUCGUUGCAGUUUGAAAGGCUUCUCUGCAGAAUGUCAAACAAAGAUCGACACAUUGAUUCCAGCUGUUCGUCCUUCAUCAAGACGGAACCCUCCAGCCCGGCCUCCCUGACGGACAGCGUCAACCACCACAGCCCAGGCGGCUCCUCGGACGCCAGCGGGAGCUACAGUUCCACCAUGAAUGGCCAUCAGAACGGACUUGACUCGCCACCUCUCUACCCUUCUGCUCCUAUCCUUGGAGGGAGUGGGCCUGUCAGGAAACUGUAUGACGACUGCUCCAGCACCCUGGUGGAAGACCCCCAGACCAAGUGUGAAUACAUGCUCAACUCCAUGCCCAAGAGACUGUGUUUAGUGUGUGGGGACAUCGCUUCUGGGUACCACUACGGGGUCGCGUCCUGUGAGGCCUGUAAGGCCUUCUUCAAGAGGACCAUUCAAGGUAAUAUAGAAUACAGCUGCCCAGCCACGAAUGAAUGUGAAAUCACAAAGCGCAGACGUAAAUCCUGCCAGGCUUGCCGCUUCAUGAAGUGCUUAAAAGUAGGCAUGCUGAAAGAAGGGGUGCGUCUGGACAGAGUACGUGGCGGUCGGCAGAAGUACAAGCGCAGAAUAGAUGCAGAGAACAGCCCAUACCUGAACCCUCAGCUGGUUCAGCCAGCCAAAAAGCCAUUGCUCUGGUCUGACCCUGCAGAUAACAAGAUUGUCUCACAUUUGUUGGUGGCUGAACCGGAGAAGAUCUAUGCCAUGCCUGACCCCACCGUCCCUGACAGCGACAUCAAAGCCCUCACUACUCUGUGCGACUUGGCCGACCGAGAGUUGGUGGUCAUCAUCGGAUGGGCAAAGCAUAUUCCAGGCUUCUCCACGCUGUCCCUGGCCGACCAGAUGAGCCUCCUGCAAAGUGCUUGGAUGGAAAUUUUGAUCCUCGGUGUCGUAUACCGAUCUCUUUCAUUUGAAGAUGAACUUGUCUAUGCAGAUGAUUAUAUAAUGGAUGAAGACCAGUCCAAAUUAGCAGGUCUUCUUGACCUAAAUAAUGCUAUCCUGCAGCUGGUAAAGAAGUACAAGAGCAUGAAGCUGGAGAAAGAAGAAUUUGUCACCCUCAAAGCAAUAGCUCUUGCUAAUUCAGAUUCCAUGCACAUAGAAGACGUGGAGGCAGUCCAGAAGCUUCAGGAUGUCUUACAUGAGGCCCUGCAGGAUUACGAGGCUGGCCAGCAUAUGGAAGACCCUCGCAGGGCUGGCAAGAUGCUGAUGACACUGCCCCUUCUGAGGCAGACCUCCACCAAGGCGGUGCAGCACUUCUACAACAUCAAACUGGAAGGCAAAGUCCCCAUGCACAAACUUUUUUUGGAAAUGCUGGAGGCCAAGGUCUGACUAAGAGCUUCCUGGGCCCUCCUCUCCUGCACGCAGAAAAAGGGAAAAUAAACCCCAGAUGUCGAAGAAACUUAGAGUUUAGUCAACAACAUCAAAAAUUCACAAAGACUGCACUGAAAAUUUAGCAGCAAGACUAUGAAGCAGCUUUUAGAUUCCUCUGUAUCUUCCUGCUGAGUUUCUAUCUUACCUCAUCUGCUUUUCUCCCCAUUCUUUGCUCAUUUUUCUUCCUUCUUAUUUGCUUCUCUCUCCCUUAUUCCUCUUCUCCCUCAUUUGUUAGCUUCCUUCAUUACUGGCUCCUUCUCUUCCCAUUUAUUUCCCUUCUUCCUGCCUUGCUUCCUUCUUCCUUCCCUCCCUUCCUCGCUUCCUCUCUUAUCCCCCUUCUGAAUUUUAAAUAGCUCAGUUGUAAGGUUUUUUUUUUUGCCUUUCCUUCUCUCCCUCCUUCCUUCUGCUGCUGAACUUUUAAAAGAAGUCUCUAAUUGAAGAGAAUUGGAAGCCAGCCCUGCCAAAGGAUGGAGAUCCAUAAUAUGGAUACCAGUGAACUUAUUGUGAACCAUACGAUCCCAAUGACUAAGGAAUCAAAGAGAGAGAACCACCGUACCUAAAAGUACAGUGUGACAUAAAGGAAUUGACUGAGUGCAGUAUUAGAUUUCACGGGAGCAGCCUCUAAUUCGACAACUUGAGCAACGUGGCAUCGGCUGCUUCUUAUCAUUGCUUUUCCGUGUAGAUCAGUUACAGCCAUUUGAUUCCUUAAUUGUUUUUUCAAGUCUUCCAGGUAUUUGUUAGUUUAGCUACUAUGUAACUUUUUCAGGGAAUAGUUUAAGCUUUAUUCAUUCAUGCAAUACUAAAGAGAAAUAAGAAUACUGCAAUUUUGUGCUGGCUUUGAACAAUUAUGAACAAUAAUGAAGGACAAAUGAAUCCUGAAGGAAGAUUUUUAAAAAAAAUGUUUUGUUUCUUCUUACAAAUGGAGAUUUUUUUGUACCAGCUUUACCACUUUUCAGCCAUUUAUUAAUAUGGGAAUUUAACUUACUCAAGCAAUAGUUGAAGGGAAGGUGCAUAUUAUCACGGAUGCAAUUUAUGUUGUGUGCUGGUCUGGUCCCAAACAUCAGUUUCUUAACUUGAGCUCCAGUUUACCUAAACGUGCACUGACACGAAGGGUUAGAUUGCACCUGCAGGGGCUCUGAGAAGUCACCUGUGUAAGCACCGCCCUUGGAAUGCAGAUCUGUAGAAUUAUCAGGAGUGCCCCUCUCUGCGUGGAGGUACAGUUGCCAUGUGAUUUCUAGCUGCCAAGGUGGUUAGGAAGGAGAUACUGCCUGCCUGCUUGCAAAGUUACUGACCUUGUCCCAGAAGGAGCUGUGAGCCAGUAUUCAUUUAAGAGGCAAUAAGGCAAAUGCCAGAAUUUGGGAAAAAAAAUAUAUAUAUAUAUCAUCAAAGACCGCAGACGCCUGACCAAAUUCUAAAUCCUAAUCUCUAUGAGUUUAUGCAUUUAGGAAUGUUUGUUUAAAUUAAUCUGCAGUUUUUUACCAAGAGCUAAGCCAAUAUAUGUGCUUUUCAACCAGUAUUGUCACAGUGAGAAAGUCAGUCAGGUUCCAGACUGUUAAGAGGUGUAAUCUAAUGAAGAAAUUGAUUAGAUGCCCCCGAAAUCUGCAGUCACUGAAUAACCAAUAAACAGUAACCUCCAUCAAAUGCUAUACCAAUGGACCAGUGUUAGUAGCUGCUCCCUGUACUAUGUGAACAGUCUUAUUCUAUGUACACAGAUGUAAUUAAAAUUGUAAUCCUAACAAACGAAAGAAAAUGUAGUUCAGCUUUUCAACGUUUCAUGUUUGCUGUGCUUUUCGGAUUUUCUGUUGCAUUCAAAGACUGUUGUUCUUGUUCUUGUGGUGUUUGGAUUCUUGUGGUGUGUGCUUUUAGACACAGGGUAGAAUUAGAGACCAUAUUGGAUGUACAAUUCCUCAGGAGACUCCAGUAGUAUAUUCUCUUCCUUACCAGUAAUAAGGUUCUUCUAAUACUAAUUAAGAGAUCGAAGCUCCCAACAAGUAUUCAUCAUGAACAGAUACACAUCGAAAUCAUAAUAAUAUUUUCAAAACAAGGAAUAAUUUCUCUAAUGGUUUAUUAUAGAAUACCAAUGUAUAGCUUAGAAAUAAAACUUUGAAUAUUUCAAGAAUAUAGAUAAGUCUAAUUUUUAAAUGCUGUAUAUAUGGCUUUCACUCAAUCAUUUCUCAGAUGUUGUUAUUUACUCGCUCUGUGUUGUUGCAAAACUUUUUGGUGCGGACACGUUUCCAAAACUUGCUACUUUGUGUGCUUUAAACAGAAUACCUUGGGUUGAUGUUAUCAGCCUAGUGCUAGGAAUACUGUGUAUCUAUCAUUAGCUAUAUGGGGCUAUAUCGUAGAUUGUGGUUUCUCAGUAGAGAAGUGACUGUAGUGUGAUUCUAGAUAAAUCAUCAUUAGCAAUUCAUUCAGAUGGUCAAUAACUUGAAAUUUAUAGCUGUGAUAGGGGUUCAGAAAUUGGCACAUCCCUUUAAAAAUAACAACAGAAAAAAUACAACUCCUGGGAAAAAAAAGGUGCUGAUUCUAUAAGAUUCUUUAUAUAUGUAAGUGUUUAAAAAAGAUUAUUUUCCAGAAAGUUUGUGCAGGGUUUAAGUUGCUACCAUUCAACCACACUCUCUAUAUAAAAAUAUAAUAAUACAAUGUAGGCAUUGCUUUCACUGUAUCGCAUUAAAGUACCUGGGCUUCAGAAAUAAGAGCCAAUCAACUGAAAACAGGAGGUGGAGAUGUGGAAAAAGAACCAAGUGCGAUUUUUAGUUUUCAGUUUAAGUGCUCUUGGCAUUACAAAAAAAAAAAAAAAAAUCAAGUAUCUCACAACUAGGACACAACUAAAAACGUAGAUAAAAGAACUGCACGGGCUUUAGGGUAAAUGCUCAACUUAAACCUCACUGGAGGUAAGUUUUUUCAAGUUUCAAGCAAGACCAUUUACUUAAUGUGAAGUUUUGGAAAGUUAUAAAGGUGUAUGUUUUAGCCAUAUGAUUUGAAUUUUCUUAUUUUGCUUCUUUUAGGUUUGUUCUUAUUUAAAGCAAUAUGAUUGUGUGACUACCUAUAGUUACACUUGUGUUUCAAUCAGAUCAGAUUGUUGUAUUUAUUCCACUAUUUUGCAUUUAAAUGAUAACAUAAAAGAUAUAAAAAAUUUAAAACUGCUAUUUUUCUUAUAGAAGAGAAAAUGGGUGUCGGUGAUUGUAUUUUAAUUAUUUAAGCGUCUCUGUUUACCUGCCUAGGAAAACAUUUUAUGGCAGUCUUAUGUGCAAAGAUCAUAAAAGGACAAAAAAUUUAAACUGCUUAUAAUAAUCCAGGAGUUGCAUUAUAGCCAGUAGUAAAAAGAAUAAUAAUAAUAAUAAAAAAAACCAUGUCUAUAGCUGUAGAUGGGCUUCACAUCUGUAAAGCAAUCAAUUGUAUAUUUUUGUGAUGUGUACCAUACUGUGUGCUCCAGCAAAUGUCCAUUUGUGUAAAUGUAUUUAUUUUAUAUUGUAUAUAUUGUUAAAUGCAAAAAGGAGAUAUGAUUCUGUAACUCCAAUCAGUUCAGAUGUGUAACUCAAAUUAUUAUGCCUUUCAGGAUGACGGUAGAGCAAUAUUAAACAAGCUUCCACUUUUGAUUGCUCUUUUGUA